AUGUUAAGAUUGGCUAAGAGCCCUAUAUCUACCAAAAUUGUCUCCAGAGGAUUUAGUUUUACAAGUAAAAAGAUAAUGAGUCAAGAUAUGAAAAUAAACGAUGAUAUUCCCUUGAAUAAACGGAUUGAUGGGCCAGUACUCUGUUCAGUAAGGGAUACUAUUACCAAAUCAAUGCCAGGAUUAGUCAAUUUAUCGAUAUACAACGAUUCAUACAAACAUGAAGGCCAUGAUGGGAUUGGUAAUUCAAGUAAUAAAACAGAGUCUCAUAUUAGAUUAGAGAUCAUUAGUGAUGAAUUCUCUGGGUUAAAUCUACCUAAUCGUCAUCGAAUGAUCUACAAAAUGUUGAGUCACGAUAUGAAGAAAUACGAUAUACAUGCAGUACAAUUAAGUACUAAGACUACGUCGGAAUCCGAUAAACGUUAG